GUCAGGUUCAGUUCAAUUAACCGGUUUGGAUAGAAUUACAACGGUAAUAUUGGUUGUCAAUUUUGAUUGCUCUGACUUUUUCCAUGAACUUAUACGAUUUGUAGCUGAGUCUUCAACUGAUUGCCUAUUUUCUUGUUGGUAGAAGAUCAACCAUUAAUUCGAAAUUAGGUUCAUUUUUUAUUUGAUUUGAUCAUUGUGGUGGUUGUCUAUCUUGUGGUUAUUCAGUGGCUUCCUUUGUCUUCUAAAACUAAGACAUGGAGGAAGCUCAUUAAGUUAAUAGUCCAAGACUAGUUCUAACCUUCUCCAAGAGAAAGAAGCAAAAGCCUGAUUUUCAGGAUUCAGACAUGAUAAGGUCAUCUCCGUUCAGAACAUCACAAGUGCAUGGAGCUAAGCCCUCUGAGGUGUAUGGUUUUGUAGGGUGUAUAUCCACUGUUGUUGUGACAGUGAUCUUCUUGAUAUGGGCAUAUGUUCCAGAUAAACUGUUGGAGUCUAUACGGAUCCGUUACUACCCAAGCAGGUAUUGGGCAUUGGCUACGCCGACGUAUCUGAUGAUGACUUUGCUGUUAGGUUUGGCGUUUUAUAUUGGUCUCAACUUCACCACCACUCCACACCCAACCUCUCUCAAUACCUUGUUUGAUGAGUACAGCCGAGAACUUGGGGAGUUUGAUCCUCAGAUGGAGGAAGAGGAUGAGAGGCCUAUAGAUCCAACCUCUGACAUUGAUAUUACAAGUUUGUCCAAUCAAACACGUAGUCGAGAUGGUAACCUACAAACAUAGUUCAUUUCAUCAGACCAAACAAACAAGCUUAGUAAAUAAAGGUUCGGUUCGAUACGGGUAAUUUGGGUUUCAAGUAUGUAGUUUGGUUAUUGGAAGAGGAAAGUACAUUUAAAUUAAACAGAUGGUUCGGUUUGGUUCGGAUAGGUGUAAAUUUAGUUUGGUUAGCGAGUAAUGCAUAGGCCUGGGCAUCCGGGUCCUCGGGUCGGGUUCGGGUCGGGUCUUUCCGGGUCCGGAUCCUUCGGGUCCUGGAGUUUUGGACCCACAUAGGUACUUUAAAAAAUUAGGGUCAGUUCCGGGUCGGGUCUUGUCGGAUCCGGGUCGGUUUGGAUCCAUUUUCUCAUACCCAUUAAUACCCAAAUUUUUUUCGGUUCUUUAAUGUUUCGGGUCGGGUCCAAGUAUUUCGGGUCCAUGUUCGGGUAGAUGGC